AGCUGUGUUUGUGUGCGGUUGUGCGUCGCUCGCUGCGUGGGGGGAACUCGCCUGAUGUCAUUUGGUCAAGAGGCAGGCUGAUGUAGCGGUGAGCACACCAAGCAAAAACAAUAAUACUGCCUCAUAAACCACAUGAGGAUUAUAGAGGGGUUUCGGAUUUGAAAGAGAGAUAUCGUCGCCGCGGCCCGAGGAGGAGGUGGGAUGAGGAGCUGAGCUGCUGCUUAGCGGACUGAAGGACCAGAUGCUUUUCCAGCAGCGAAGGGAAGUGGACUCUAACCAGAAAGACAUGGUGAUGGGAGCUUGUUUUCCAGACGGAUAACGCACUUGUUAGACCGUAAGGAUUGGGCGCAGAAAGGUGCGAAGUGUUGGGUUUGUUUGCGCCACGGCUCGAUUGUCCGAGAUGUGGAGCUGCCUGUGGGCCGCAGCUCGGCUAUGUAGCUCUCCGCUAGCCGCCGCAGCUACGCCUGAUGCUGGCGCAGCCGCUGCCCGUGGCACACCGAUCUAAAGGACAAAUCAACCGGUUAGGGGCCUUGGUGCGUUGAGGAUCUUUUGUUUCCCACUGGACUGCGAAGAGCAACUGAGAUGUGAUGUUUUGGGUGCUUCUUUUGGGCCCUUUACAUUUGGGGGCUCCAGACCCGGACUUGACGCAAAGAAGCUAGUGUUGCUGCAAAAUGCACAGCAAAGACCCAGCAGCGGGCUCUUGUUAAAGGGGGCGAGGUUGAACUGAGAGCACCCGGCCUGCGUCCCCAAGCUCCGAGGUUAACUUUGGACAACCAUUGCCUCACUCAUCUGCCUCAUUUACCCACUAUCAUUUGACGAUAUGGAUAAACUCACGAUCAUUUCAGGGUGCCUGUUUCUGGCUGCAGAUAUCUUUGCAAUUGCCAGCAUCGCAAACCCAGACUGGAUCAACACGGGUGAAUCAGCAGGUGCUUUGACGGUUGGUCUGGUCCGGCAGUGUCAGACCAUCCAUGGGCGUGACCGCACCUGCAUCCCCCCGCGGCUGCCUCCUGAGUGGGUCACCACGCUCUUCUUCAUCAUCAUGGGCAUCAUCUCCCUCACCGUCACAUGUGGGCUACUGGUGGCAUCACACUGGCGCAGAGAGGCCACCAAAUACGCCCGCUGGAUCGCCUUCACUGGAAGUAAGUGUUGAGUUUAGGCAGCCUGU